AUGCCCAAGAGACCCGCUUUACCCGCAGCUCACUCAGCGAGAAUCCGGGAGGGCCUGCAAAAUGUUCAGCAAAAGACUAAGGCGAGGGCAGCCAGCCCGUUGUCCUUCGUGAGCUUGGAUCUUCUGCGCAACAUCAUCUUCUUCUACUUCCUUCUGCGCUGGACGCGCCGUGCGCUCUGGAAGCUCAAGGGCCGCGGCCUGCUGGGCACGCUGCGAGAAGUCUAUGGAGACACCCGCCGCGUGCUCUACGGCUACUUCCUGCGCCUGCCUGGCGUGCGUGCCAAGGUCAAGAAGGAGGUUGACGGCGCCCUGCGCAAGCUGGAGUCCAAGAUGGUGCCCGCCGACGCUACUCGCUAUCUGGCCCUGCCCAAGGAGGGCUGGACGCAGGAAGCUGUGCGCAAAGAGCUUGACGCGCUGGCGAACAUGGAUCAUACCCGCUGGGAGGACGGGUAUGUCUCGGGCGCAGUCUACCACGGCGAGGAUGACCUCCUGCGUCUGCAGACCGAGGCCUACGGCAAGUUCACCGUGGCGAACCCCAUCCACCCGGACGUCUUCCCCGGCGUGCGCAAGAUGGAAGCCGAGGUCGUUGCCAUGGUGCUGAGCCUGUUCAACGCCCCUCCCGGCGCGGCAGGCGUCACGACGAGCGGCGGCACAGAGAGCAUCCUAAUGGCGUGUCUCAGCGCACGGCAAAAGGCCUACCACGAGCGUGGCAUCACCGAGCCCGAAAUGAUCCUCCCCGAAACGGCCCACACCGCCUUCCGCAAGGCCGGAGAGUACUUCAAGAUCAAGAUACACGUCGUCGAGUGCCCCGCGCCAAGCUACCAAGUCGACAUUAAGCGCGUGGCCCGUCUCAUCAACCGUAAUACCAUCCUGCUCGUUGGCUCAGCCCCGAACUUCCCCCACGGCAUCAUCGACGACCUGACUUCCCUCUCUAACCUCGCCCUUCGCAAGCGCAUCCCCCUCCACGUUGACUGCUGUCUCGGCUCCUUCCUCGUGCCCUUCCUCUCCAAAGCCGGCUUCCCCUCGGCCCCAUUCGACUUCCGCCUGCCCGGCGUCACCUCCAUCUCCUGCGACACCCACAAAUACGGCUUCGCGCCCAAGGGCAACUCCACAGUCCUCUACCGCAACCAAGAACUUCGCGCCUACCAAUACUUCGUCGACCCCUCCUGGUCCGGCGGCGUCUAUGCCUCGCCAGGCAUGGCUGGCUCCCGGCCCGGCGCACUCAUCGCUGCGUGCUGGGCAUCUCUCAUGUCCGUCGGCGAGGAGGGGUAUCUCGCCGCCUGCCGCGAGAUUGUCGGCGCCACUAAGCAGCUCCUGCACCGCAUCCGGACAUCCCCCAUCCUCGCCGCCGAGCUGGAAGUCCUGGGCGAACCCCUCGUGUCAGUCGUCGCCGUUCGCGCGAGACAGCCUGACAUCAACAUCUACGACAUCGCCGACGGGAUGGGCGCGCGCGGAUGGCAUCUGAAUGCGCUGCAGAACCCGGCCGCGAUGCACGUCGCCGUGACGAAGCCCGUGGCGAAGGUGUGGUCGAGGUUGGCGGACGAUCUGGAGGCCGUUUGUAAGGAGGAGAGGGAGAAGGUCGAACAGAGGAGGAAAGAGGGGAAGGAUAAUAAGAUGGGCGAUACGGCGGCGCUGUACGGAGUUGCGGGCAGCUUGCCGAAUAAGAGCGUUGUUGUGGAGAUGGCGAGGGGGUUUUUGGAUUUGUUGUAUAAGGCCUAA